GCGAGCAAAGGCAGCAGACCGACUCGACCUAAUUCGCUAUGACUUCACCAGUGCCGGGUCAGUACGCUCAGUCACCGACAGUGCCACCCGGUCCACGACCAAGAGGGAGACCGAAAGGCAGCACGACGAAGAACAAACUGCUGCAGCAGCAAUUGCGCGAGCAACAAGCUCUACAGUUCGGCAGUCCGUCUCAAGUGACCGGCAGCCAAGUCCAACGCUAUGCCCAGAUGGGAGCGCAACUCACUCAGCCUGCCCAACGAGAAGUACGGCGUAGGAGGAACUUGCUAGGUCCAAGCUCGAAGCCGUUACCGCCCUACGCUGGCAUAUCGUCUCGUCAGGCCAAAUUGACAACCUAUCCCUCUCGUGUUGCCCUCGGCCUGACUUCUCUCAUGCAGCCAAUCGGGCCCGAGGGCAAGGCUGCUCCCGCUGCCGAAGUGGUCGUACCGGGCAAACGACAACGUACACGCGUCAAUUAUGCUGAAGUAGAGGGCCUCGACGAGGAUGAGGACGGCGCGUCGACUCAUGCAACACCUUCUUGGAUGCCGCCGCCUCCGGAGGAAGACACAGAACCGGGAUGGGGACCCAAAGCGCAUGCACGACAUGCGAACUAUGCUCGUCGCGCUCCCGGUCAGGGCGUCACUUAUACUACCGUCCCUCCGCCGUCUCAGCAGCAGCAGCAGCAGCAGCAGCAGCAGCAACAAAAAUCUCAGCCACCGAUGGUACAGCUCAAGACCUACCUCGGUCAGAUACCCCCGAUCAAUACUGUCUACUCUCAGACGGCCAGAAAGACGCGCUACCCUCAUUUAUCUGAUGACCUGGUCCGGCGGAAAGCAAACCGAGACUCUCUCUUGCUACCUGUCCGUAUCGAACUUGACACAGAGACUCACCGGAUACGCGACGUCUUUGUAUGGGACGUGCUCGAUCCAUACUUUUCGCCAGAACUAUUUGCGAGCCUGUUCUGCGAAGAUGUCGGCUUGCCGAGCCAUAAUGUUGCUCAGAUCAGAGAGAUGAUCGAGGUGCAAACAAGCGAGCAACAAGCUAUUGCCGAAUUUCAAGUCGCCGACGAGCAUGACGAUAUCGAGACGGAGGAUCCUCAGCUAUUCGAUACUGAGCCUGACUUGCGCGUCAUCGUCAACAUCGAUGUGCAGAUCCAAACACAUCGACUGACAGAUCGUUUCGAAUGGGAUCUUGCUUCGCCGCUCAGUCCAGAGAUGUUUGCGAUCCAGCUGUGUAGCGACUUGUCGCUCACAUCGGAAGCUGCACCCCUCAUCGCUCACGCGAUCCACGAAGAGCUCCUCCGGCUCAAGAAGGACUGCAUAGAGCAAGGCAUCAUCGGUCGAACGGCUGCAGAGGAUGCCUAUUCCGCUCUGACAGGCGAAGCGAGGAAAGGGUGUCCGACGCUCGAAGGAAUCUGGCGCGAUUUCAAUGAAGAGGGUGAGUUCGGCCCGCUGAUCGACAAACUCUCUUCCGAAGGUAUCGCCAUCAACGAGCUCGAAAGGGAGCGAAUGGCAAAACGAGCGAGGCAGAACCAGACACAGUUCAAGGAGCGGAGGGCAGGCAGGCUGCCGAGGCGCUAGUCUGCAUUGCAUCGCCAAUUCCCUGUGCGCGGCCGAUGCACUGAGGCAUGGCAUCUCGAUAUGCGCAGUCGUGCGCGUCCGUUUCUCUGCGAGGGAAAGGUCCUCUUGUCCCGCUUUUCGUGAACAUCUAGUCGUAGAUGUGUACUAAACCAUAGAAGAGCGUCCAGAACAAGAUGAAGCUGAGCGCAUUGUCGAGCAAGCCAGACAGGAGUAGUUCCGGCAAGCCUCCCUUGAUAUAUUUACGCGGUUGUUGCUCUGUAGUGAUGAGGUAGACCAAUCCCGCUACU